AUGGAACGCGCCUUGUAUUCGCUUGAUAGUCUGGUGAAGCAGGUCAGAAAUUUGCGAGGACUCCCCAAAGAAGUCAUCAUUGAUCUCCUAUGUGAUUCAGUCUCUGCUCUAACGACGUUAAAAGAGCGCGGUAUUGCUCAUCGUGAUAUCAAACAUCUUAAUAUCCUGGUAUUUCCUGGGUCCACGAAAGGCAGGAGGUCGCAAUAUCUAUUUAAAUUCUGUGAUAUGGGCGUGUCGAGUUUCGUGCAUGAAGAUGGAGUAAUGCAAACCCUCGUCGGUACGCCAAAUGCCUUGUGUCCUGAAUUGGCGGUUGCUUACGCACAACGACGAAGCAGGACGAAUGAUAACUAUACUAGAGAACAGUGUGACUUAUGGUCGUUCGGUUGCACACUGUAUUUAGUUGCUACAGGAGCAUUCCCAUUCCCGAUUGACGCAAAGGAUACUAGUGUAUAUGCUCAAGCAGUCGCAAAAGAAUGUCGCCCGGAAGGAGCAAUAUCAGCUGAAAGAGUUUGCGGAGAUAACAACAGAUAUAUGUACAAAUACGGAUAUAAGAUAGAGAAUCCUGUUUAUCCA